AUGGUAGUGGCCCUGCAGGGCUGGCUGCUCUGGGCUCUGCUCCUGCAACAGGCCCACGGGGAGCUGUACACACCUGUGCACCAAGCCGGCUACUGCGCCUCCUACGAGGAGUGUGGGAGGAACCCAGAGCUGUCCGGGGGGCUGACGUCGCUGUCCAAUGUGUCCUGCCUGUCCAACACGCCGGCCCGCCUUGUCACGGGUGAACACCUGGAACUUCUGCAGCGCAUCUGCCCUCGCCUCUACAAUGGCCCCAACACUACCUAUGCCUGCUGCUCCCCCACACAGCUGCUGUCAUUGGAGAGCAGCUUGUCCAUCACCAAGGCGCUGCUCACGCGCUGCCCCUCCUGCUCCGACAACUUUGUGAGCCUGCACUGUCAGAACAACUGCAGCCCCAACCAGAGCCUCUUCAUCAACGUGACGCGGGUCGUCUCCCAGGGUGCCGGCCAGACCCCCGCUGUUGUGGCCUACGAGGCCUUCUACCAGCGCAGCUUCGCUGAGGCGGCCUACGAGUCCUGUAGCCGUGUGCGCAUCCCAGCUGCCGCCACGCUGGCUGUGGGCAGCAUGUGUGGCGUCUAUGGCUCUGCUCUCUGCAAUGCCCAGCGCUGGCUCAACUUCCAGGGCGACACGAGCAAUGGCCUGGCCCCGCUGGACAUCACCUUCCACCUGGGGGAGCCUGGGCAGGUGCUGGAUGGUGGGAUACAGCUGCUGGAUGCCGAGAUUGUGCCCUGCAACGAGUCCCAGGAUGGAGCAGCUGCCUGCUCGUGCCAGGACUGUGCUGCGUCGUGCCCGGCUGUCACCCAGCCCCAGGCCCUGGACUCUACCUUCCGCAUCGGCAAAGUGCGGGGCGGAGUGGCAAUGGUUGUCAUCCUUUGCAGUCUUCUAGCAGUGCUUCUCCUGAUCCUCGUGGGUGCCCGUGUGAUCUCGACCAAAGCCAAGGCCAAAGCCAAGGCCAAGGGCAAAACCAAGGCAGGCACUAGACUCUCCCACCGCAUCAGCCUGUCCAUCCAUACCUUCCUCCGGCAGCUCUUCCAGUGCUGGGGCAAGUGGGUGGCCUCAUGGCCACUGACUGUCCUGGCUGUGUCCUUGGUGGUGGUGGUGGCAUUGGCAGCUGGCCUGGCCUUCACAGUGCUCACCACGGACCCCGUGGAGCUGUGGUCAGCCCCCAACAGCCAAGCCCGCAGUGAGAAGGCUUUCCACGACGAGCACUUUGGCCCCUUCUUCCGCACCAACCAGGUGUUCCUGACAGCCCCCAACCGGUCCAGCUACACAUACAACUCGCUGCUGCUGGGGCCCAAGAACUUUAGUGGGGUGCUGUCCCUAGACCUGUUGCUGGAGCUGCUGGAGCUGCAGGAGCGGCUGCGGGCACUGCAGGUGUGGUCGCCCGAGGAGCAGCGCAACAUCUCCCUGCAGGACAUCUGCUACGCGCCCCUCAACCCGCACAACACCACCCUGUCCGACUGCACCAUCAACAGCCUCCCACAGUACUUCCAGAGCAACCGCACACGGCUGCUUCUCACGGCCAACCAGACGCUGCUGGGCCAGACUGCAGAGGUGGACUGGAGGGACCACUUUCUCUACUGUGUCAAUGCUCCCCUCACCUUCCAAGAUGGCACGGCCCUGGCACUGAGCUGCAUAGCCGACUACGGAGCUCCGGUCUUCCCUUUCCUUGCCGUGGGGGGGUACGACGGGGAGGACUACUCGGAGGCAGAGGCCCUGAUCCUGACCUUCUCCCUCAACAAUUACCCUGCGGGGGACCCCCACCUGGCCCAGGUCAAGCUCUGGGAAGAGGCCUUCGUGCGGGAGAUGCAAGCUUUCCAGCUUCAGACAGCUGACAGGUUCCAGGUCGCGUUCAUGGCUGAGCGCUCGCUGGAAGAUGAGAUCAACCGCACCACGGCGGAGGACCUGCCCAUCUUUGCCAUCAGUUACCUCGUCACCUUCCUGUACAUUGCCUUGGCCCUGGGCCGCUUCUCCAGCUGGCGCCGAGUGCCGGUGGACUCCAAGAUCACACUGGGCCUGGGCGGGGUGAUCGUGGUGCUGAGCGCGGUCAUGGCUUCCAUGGGCUUCUUCUCCUACCUGGGCAUUCCUUCCUCUCUCAUCAUCCUGCAAGUGGUACCUUUCCUGGUGCUGGCUGUGGGGGCCGACAACAUCUUCAUCUUUGUUCUCGAGUACCAGAGGCUGCCUCGGAGGCCUGGGGAACAGCGGGAGGCCCACAUUGGCCGUGCACUGGGCAGGGUGGCCCCCAGCAUGCUGCUGUGCAGCCUCUCCGAGGCCAUCUGCUUCUUCCUGGGGGCCCUGACCCCCAUGCCAGCUGUGCGGACCUUCGCCCUGACAUCUGGCCUGGCAAUCCUGCUUGACUUCCUGCUGCAGAUGACUGCCUUCGUGGCCCUGCUGUCACUGGACAGCAGGAGGCAGGAGGCUUCUCGACCAGACGUCUGCUGCUGCCUGAAGCCCCGGAAGCUGCCCCCACAGAAGCCAAGCGAAGGGCUCCUGCUGCACUUCUUCCGCAAGAUCUACGCCCCGUUCCUGCUGCACAGAGUCACCCGCGUGGUUGUGCUGCUGCUGUUUGCGUUCAUGUUCGGAUCAAGUCUCUACUUCAUGUGCCAAAUCUCUGUGGGGCUGGACCAGGAGCUGGCACUGCCCAAGGACUCGUACCUGCUCGACUACUUCCUGUUUCUGAACCGCUACUUCGAGGUGGGGGCCCCGGUGUACUUUGUCACCACCUCUGGCUACAACUUCUCCAGCGAGGCGGGCGUGAACGGCAUCUGCUCCAGCGCCGGCUGUGACAGCUUCUCCCUCACCCAGAAGAUCCAGUACGCCACGGAGUUCCCCAACCAGUCUUACUUGGCCAUUCCUGCCUCCUCUUGGUUGGACGACUUCAUCGACUGGCUGACUCCAUCCUCCUGCUGCCGCCUUUACAUCCAGGGUCCCAAUCAGGGCCAGUUCUGCCCCUCAACUGUCAACUCCCUGAACUGUCUGAGGAACUGCAUGAGCCUCACGCUGGGCCCGCUGCGGCCCUCAGUGGAGCAGUUCUACCAGUACCUUCCCUGGUUUCUGAGCGACGCCCCCAACAUCCGAUGUCCCAAGGGUGGUCUGGCAGCAUACAGCACCUCUGUGAACAUGAGCUCUGAUGGCCAGAUUUUAGCCACUCGGUUCAUGGCCUACCACAAACCCUUGAAGAAUUCCCAGGACUUCACCGAGGCUCUGCGCGCAUCCCGGGCGCUGGCAGCCAAUAUCACCGCUGGCUUGCGGCAGGUGCCCGGCACAGACCCAGCCUUUGAGGUCUUCCCUUACUCGAUCUCCAACGUGUUCUAUGAGCAGUACCUGACCGUGCUGCCAGAGGGACUCUUCACGCUCGCCCUCUGUCUUGUGCCCACCUUCGCCGUCUGCUGCCUGCUGCUGGGCCUGGACCUGCGCUCCGGCCUCCUCAACCUGAUGGCCAUUGUCAUGAUCCUCGUGGACACGGUGGGCUUCAUGACCCUCUGGGACAUCAGCUACAACGCCGUGUCCCUCAUCAACCUGGUCACGGCAGUGGGCAUGUCUGUGGAGUUCGUGUCCCACAUCACCCGCUCCUUUGCCAUUAGCACCAAACCCACGAGGCUGGAGAGGGCCAAGGAGGCCACCAUCUCCAUGGGCAGUGCGGUCUUUGCAGGGGUGGCCAUGACCAACCUGCCCGGCGUCCUCAUCCUGGGCCUGGCCAAAGCCCAGCUCAUCCAGAUCUUCUUCUUCCGCCUCAACCUCCUCAUCACCCUGCUGGGCCUGGUCCACGGCCUGGUCUUCCUGCCUGUCAUCCUCACCUACCUGGGGCCUGAUGUCAACCCAGCUCUAGUAGCUCUAGAGCAGAAGCAAAUUGAGGAAGAGGAGACGGCGGUGGCAGAGGCGGCGGAGACAGAGGUGGCUGGGGCUGGGGCUGGAGCAGACUCCUGGCACAGGCACCCAGACCCCAUUUCUAACCCUUAUGUCAACUUGGGCUUUGAAGAUGGUGCCCAGGGUGCAGGAGCUGCCAACAGCUCUGUGCCCCACAGAGGGUGA